GAUUUGUGCCCCAAGUUGAGGAGGAUCCUGUUUUGUCUGCCGGUCAUUCGCAAGCAAUGGACUCGUAACCGUCUCUCUGGACACUUGCCGUUGCAAGCAGGAAAGUGUGGUCACAGAGAGAGAGAGAGGCGGUCGCCAGUAUACGCAAGCAAGCAGUCCUGUUCUGCAAGUCAGCGGCAGAAGGCGGCCCGGUGCCACGUCUCCCACCCAGCAACUCGAACUCGAACUCGAACAUCAUUGCCCUGCAGAGCCUGUCUGAAACUAUCAACUCUUCAACAGUGGAUGUUAACGUUGACUCUAUGGCACCUGGUUUGGAUUUGAAGUUCCACCAAGAAAUCGUCGACGGUAUCAUCGACAUUGUGAAAGAUACAUCCACUUCACAUGCAGAAGCAACCAAAAAUCUUUCAUUCUGCUCUUUGGUUUCACGGACAUUCCUUCCUCGGACUCGAUGGCAUAUGUUUAGAGACAUUGCAUUGGUCAAUGCCGAGAAGAUAAAGCUUUAUCAUGAGAUGUGUCUUGCGUCUCCCAUUAUCCCAGCUGCAGCCCGGUCUGUCUCCCUCCAAAUUGGCAACGUAUCUGCAGCCGAAAUUUGUCCAUUGGCAUCUGUCCUGCGACUCACUGCCAAUAUCAACACCAUUCAGUUUCAUGAUAUUUCGUGGGAUAACCUACCACAGGAGGUGCUCGACGUACUUUGCUCCUAUCCUCUCACCAAAAUAUUACUCAGCAACGUCGUUAUCCCUUCGAUCCCUUCCUUCUUCUCUUUCUUUCGCCGCUGCACCACUCGUGUGCCUGUUGAUCUCCAUAUCUCUGGCAUGCUCCGCGUCGGAAAUACCGCAGAAGAACAGGCAGUAAAUGUAGCAUCUAACGACAAACCUGUAGCAAUUCGGUCUUUGACCCUAUGGUGCCCAGAUACUGCACGAAGAGCGAUUCGUGCUAUCCUUCUAUCACCGUCAUCCCCAUUCCAUCUGCGCAUUCUCGCGAACGUUGUCAUGGUAUUCACCCUAACAGGGAAAGAUGGCAUCGGAUCAGAAAGGGAUGCCAUUCUUCUACGCGACUUGAUUUCAUCAUCGAGCUCUCAGGAGCUGAGGACCGUGAGGAGCAGCUUCGAUAUAGCACCCCCGUCUUUCAUUCUCCGUUUUGCUCCUGCCACCCGCCAAGUUUCAUUCACCAUCGCCACCUCUCCCCUUGAAAUGAUCCCCUUUCGGUCGAGUGCAGUUUUACGAUGGUGGAUCGAUAGUCUCCUGCGGUCCGAAUGCUAUGGCUUGGAACAACUGACCAUUUUCACUACAAUGUUGAUGGGUAUGUGGGUCAUGGAUGAUGAAGCGCUAGAUGCGUGGGCUCAUCUCGACGACGAGCUUUCCUCGUCGAAUUACUCAAAGGUGAAGGCCGUGCAUAUUGGUAUAGAACAUCGAGUACUGUUUUUUAACCCCGCACACCGUGCGAAUGCUGCCGAUAUUUUAACCAAGUGUCUGCCCAGACUAGCGAAAAAGGGAGUCCUGAAACUGGUAUGUGGCGAGCUGGGACUCCAUGGGCAGGCACCGUUUGAAGUACAGAACUGGGGAACUGAGUACUGAUUACGGAAAGAAAAAGUGUACCUACAGUAGAGUAAUAUAGGCGUCUUCAAAUGCGAAGGAAGUAACCAUUUCUGUUACUUUACUCAGGUUCUGACGAUGAUGAAACGAGGAAAGUAAGUAAUGUCACAUCC